UCGGGCGUACCCGCAAAGACGCCAUCGGGUUUCGAUGCAAAUACACCGGGCGGCUCCGGAUCUCUGCUUUAUUCUAGAGGCAACAGCCACACACUGAAGAACAAGUGACGGUUAAACUGAGACAAAAAUAUCAUUGGCUAUGGAUUGGAGGAUUUCUGCAUUCACUCUGCUGUGUCUGGUGUUAUCAGGUGUUGGUGCAAUCACUGUGUCCAUGCCGAAAGCUGAAUAUGAGUAUGCCAGGGGAGACAACAUCACACUGCCCUGCACCAUUCAAACCUCGGGCGAUCUAAAAGGAGGCGUGAUCACGUGGUAUGCUGAGGGUAUAGAAGAUAACCCCAAAGAGGUCCUGAUCCUCACUCAUUACGCCUAUGCUACAAGAACUGACAUUACACAACCGUACGAAGGCCGGGUGUCCAUUGAUAUAGAUCUUAGCAAGGGACAGGCUAACCUGAAACUGUCCUCCAUCACACUAGCAGACAACAAGAAGUUUGAGUGUCGUGCUCAGAUACCGGGCGACGAUGAGGGCAAGCGGGUUGCCAGGACACGUUUGGUGGUUCUAGUGGCUCCAUCUACACCAAUCUGUAAUGUCCAGGGAAAGCAAGAGUAUGGCCAGAACAUCAACCUGACAUGCAAGUCUGAGGAAGGCUCCCCGCCACCUACAUAUAAGUGGGAAACUCGAGAUGUCAGGAACAUGCCUCGUAUGCAGGAUCCCAGAACCACCACCAAGGGCGGCAUCAUGUCUCUAUACAAUAUCUCCAAGGAUACGUCAGGAUACUACAUCUGCACUUCAACCAACAAGAUCCGCUCUGCUUCCUGCAACAUCACCCUCGCAGUCAUGCCACCUUCCAUGAACAUUGGCUCCACUGCAGGAAUCAUUGGUGGAGUUGUCGCCGCAUUGAUCGUUCUCAUCAUCGUCAUCUAUUGCUGCUGCUGCCGGAAGAAGAAGCAGGAUGAGGAAUAUGCCAUGGGAGUUCGUGAGGAGGAGUACCAUGACAAAGAGACGCCCAGAAAUGGUGAGAAUCGCCAUGCCGAUGGUCAAGAGGAUGACCCAGGUUAUGAUGACUCCAGUGUGAGGCGUCCUGCUGAACGCAGUGACCGCCAUGAGGAACGCAGUGAGCGUAGCUACAACCCCCGCAGCGAUUACGAUGACCGUCGCAGCGAUUACGAUGAUCGCCGCAGCGACUACAAUGAUCGCCGCAGCGACUACGACGAUCGCCGCAGCGACUACUCCGACCGCCGUGACCGACACGAGCGCUACGAUGACGAGCGACGCUACGAUGACCGCAGAGACCGUCGAUAUGAUGAUGACCGCUAUGAUGACCGCUAUGAUGAGCCCUAUGAUGAUCGUGAACGUGACAGACCACCUGUGCCAAACAAUAAGCCACCAAGGAGGGACUACGACGACGACUAACAACAUGUAUCAGCCACCGUCUUCCAUUUUAUUUUAUCUCCAGGGACUUAAGUCCAGUUGUCCAGUUGUUUGGAUCUUGUUGUGACAUAAUUGGCUCAAACAUCACAACUGUAGAUGAGUUAAGAUGAUGUGAGAUAGGUUAAUUGUUAGGAAUAACUGAGGGAGGGAAAGGAACCCAAAAUGGCGCUGACAAAGCCCAUCUGAUCUGUUGGGUGUGGUCAACAGUUACAGUCUCUGUCUCAGGUGUAAUAUAUUUUAAAAAAAUGUUAGGAAAACAUGUUAGGGAUCCAUCAGAGAAAUACUACCAGAAAAACAUUUGUCAUUUCUUUUCAGAUAAGUUUUUAGGAUUUAAACUCAAUAUGUUAGCAUUGUUACAUAAAAGUGUGUAUGUGUGUUGAAAAGGGAAAAGGGCUUCAGUUCAAUGUCAUAAUAGAUUUUUGUUUAUUUCAGUACUGUAAAUCUUUGUAUGUCCUACAGACAAUGAACCACUUUUAAUGUUCUUUCUCUAUCGAGUAUUUUCACUUUUGUUUCAGUGUAUUACAGAAACUAGAAGUAGAUCUUCCUCUGAUUGUUGGGAUUGAUAAUGUCACCACAGACCUCUCAGGUUUUUAGUUGUUCAUCUUAAAUGAAAAUGGACAUACAUGGUAUAAAAUCUACUUUUGCCAUUUUUUUAAAAUGUUGAAUUAUCUUAUUAUUUUAUUGCUUUACAUUUAUGUUUAAAUGCAAUGAAAUAUGAUGAUGUACAGAAUGGUAAUGUUAUCUGUUUUACAUUGGGAUUUAUAAAAAUACAUUUUGAGACGUAUUACAUAAAAUAAAAAAACAUGCUGUAAAAAAUAAUGCUGAUGAAAUAAAAUGAACAAAAAAGCAUG